GUACUCCUGAGACAGAAGGCGGGUGAGACGCUGGACCUGGAGCUGAAGGGCGUGCAAGAGCUUCCGAAGUUGCCGGAGUACACGCCGGAGUCCGGGGCCACAGAUUUUCAGGAUUACCUGUACCUUACGGAGCAACAAGUUGGAAGCUUGGCUUCAGGGGCGGCAGAAUGGUGGCAGCAGACGCUUGGUGUGGCUCAGACUGCGUAUGCCGAGUAUCAGUCGCUGUCGCCGAUGAAGCGCCUCAGUGUGAAGGCCACCCUUACGCCCGAGCUCAAGGCCGACAAGUACAAGAAGCUGGAACGGAAGGUGGCCUCGCUCGUUUUGAGCUCACUCCCCAAGGGGGUACGAGAUGAGUUGAUAGCUCAUCGGGUGCAGGGGCUGCACCAGAUUCUUUUCAGGCUGAUGGUUGUUUUCCAGCCGGGUGGCGCGCAGGAUCGCGCACAGCUGUUGAGGCAGCUGGAUGUCAGUGAGAGCAGCACGGGCCCAGCAGAAGCAGUGGUGGCGAUCCGGAGAUGGUACCGCCUAUUGCAAAGGGCGGCCGACCUCAACAUAGCCCUUCCUGAUGAGUCGCUGCAGGUUCGCUCUUUGUGCAAUAUUGUGAAGAAGACGGCGGAGCAGUUCGGGGACUUUAAGUUCCGUGUAUCCUUGGCGAAGACGGAGCUGCAGAUUGACUCGAGGCCAUCCCAGGCGAAUGUGCUGAGGUUUCUUCAACACCUGCUUGCAGAGUUGGAACAGCUCGGAGGCCUUGCCCGAAAGGCCACCGCCGCCACCAAAGGCUACGGCAGCGGCGCUGGGAACUACAUCUACUCCCCCUCCGGCAAUAGCGCCCUCUCCCGCGAAGGUACCAACAACAAGAUCGAUGCAGCUAAGAUGACUGAGAUCUUGAACGAGACCAACAAGAUGUUGAAGGCGAGAUUGAGUUCUACUUCGGUGGCUAUUGGUGAGCCAGGUGAUCGAGGAGAUCAGAUUAAGACGGUGGCGGAACCCUUCUUGGAGGAGGAGAAUCCGAGGCUAUCGUCCCAAUGGGACAGCUGGUGCGAUUGUUGGGGUGCAAGGGGGAACUGUCCAGUGCUCCCCAUCUCCCAGGCGAUGACUCUUAUAGCUGAGCUCGAGCAGGCCCGCAUAAAGGAGUUUGAGGCUACGAUCGAGGACCUGAAGAAGCAGGUGAAGGUGAUCCGCGAGCGAGGCAGAGAAGAGUGGAGCAAAAGGAAGUCGUUGCUGCAGAGCGACAACUGGGUUGUCCACUUGUGUUCGGGUGAUGGGAGGACCUGGGAUGCAAAGGAGCAGGGAUCUAUGAGACGAGCCUUUUGGAACAGCUCGUUGAAUGGUGAUGAGGUUUUGGUGGAGGUGGACUUGACUAUGUCCCGCAGUAUGGACCUGUUGCAGCAGAAGGCGGUGUUUCAAGUGUUAUCAUGGGCGGCCCUGUCUGGAAAGAUCAAGUCAGUGGUUGGUGGGCCACCCAGGCACACGUUUCCAGGCGAGGCAAAGGAGGCUUCGCUGCCGCCGCAGAAGCUCAAAGAGACCAAGCUCCUGGUGCGGAUGUUGAUGCUGUGGUACAUGGCGCAAGAAGGACGUGUGACUGCUUGGCAUGUCGGAGCGCUACGACAACCCCCAAUAAAGCCGCACGUUGGUUUGCUUGUGGAACACCCUGACAGUUGUGGAGACCUACGCUCUUUCUUUGAUCAACCUAUGUGGAAGGUCUUCGCUGAGGAGGAGAUGAUGGGUGAAGUACGUUGCCAUAUGAAUGGUCGCCCGACUGUGCUGGGCGGCAACUUGGACCUAUGGCACCUCGAAGGUGCCUCUGUGGGGGCCCUGGAUGCAAAGGACCCUGCAGGCUCAGUUUGGCCAAUGGAGUUGGUUGCUCAUGUGGCUGGAGCUCUUCGUUCAUGGAAGGGACUACGGAGCAGGGAGGGCGUGUUGUCCUCUUUGGUGCGACGUGUUGACUACGAAGGCGGGGAAGUGGCCCCUUCGCUCGCUAAGUUCAAUGCCGAUGAGUGGCGCUUGCACCUGCAAAGGGAUCACUUGCCCUAUAGGUUGGUGUUGGUGGCUACAAGUACCUUAUGGUGGGAUGCUAUCGGUUUCCAAAGUUGGCGGGUAUUCCAGCCACCAAGGAUUGCGACCCACCCGAAGCGGCGGCUGUUCCCCCAGACGAUUGAAGAAGAUUGGCUAUUGGACGACCCAGAGCGAGGCCGUGAUGAGGAGCCAGCAGCUGGUGGUGUGGGAGAAGUUAUUUUCGAUGAUGUUGUUCGAGAUGAAGGGAAGGUGAUCGAGGAGGAAACGCCGUUGGACAAGGAGGUGGAGGCCUUGAAGGCUUGGGCAGCAGCUCGGGACAUUGAGGUGACCCGAACUCAAGGGUCGGAUCCAGCAGGCAACGGCACCGCGGAGCGAGCGGUUGGUGCCAUCAAGGCUGUAGCUUUUGGUCGGAAGCUCCCCACGGUGGCUAGGUUUGGUUCGAGAGUUUUUACGAAGCGGAAGGGCUAUGGCCAGGGAGGUCAUUUGGUCUUCACCGAUGAGGGCAACCUGUGGUUUACCACCAAUGUGAGACAGUUUGAGGAGCCUCCAAGGGAAGAUGAAGGAGCAUUGGCUGAUGUGGAGGAUGCCUUGGAGGAGGAUGUGACUCUGGAAGCCUUUGAAGUGUCGUCGGGGUCUACUACAGGCUCAGCUCGUUUGGGACCACGAGGUGAUCUCGCUGCGGAAUGUCUAGCUGAACGUCGUUUUUCAAUGAAUGACUGUUUGGAAGUUCUACAGAACGAGAACUAUCGGCGGACGAAGAAGCAGCGAGCAUCCGCAUGGAAAGACAAUGCUCCGCCACCAGUCCACACUACUUUGGGAGCUUACCAGAGAGGCCCUUGGUCUGGAGUUACAACGGCUACGACAAGACAUAGAUCUUUGGCCGCCUACCUGGUCGCGAUGUUUAAACACCACUGUGGCCAAGAUGUUUCCUUUACCUCGAUGACAGUGGCCCGCGACCUGUGCACGGAUGCUCAUAGAGAUCGGUUUAAUUUGAGGACCUCCAAGAACUACGUGUUGACCGUUGGUAACUUUGAGGGUGGAGGUAUUUGGCAGGAAGGUGAACGGGAUGAUCUUCCUGCUGUGUCUGUUCAGAAUGGUCCCGAUGUGGCAGUGCGUGGAUUUGUGAGCCAGGUCCGGAACCGGGUCGUUGAGGUCGACCCCAAGAAGCUGCACAAAACUAUGCCCUGGGAGGGUGGACCAAAGUGGACAGUCAUUGCUCACACAGUUGGGCAACACCACAAGUUGACCCAAGAACAUCGUGAUGAACUACAAGCGCUUGGUUUCAAUCUUCCUACCUCCAGCGACCUGAGGAAGGUAUCCGCACAGGAGGAGUGCAAUACCACUACAUCUCUUCUGCAAGGCCCCGGUUGGUUUCCUCGUGGCUCGGAUGAUGACGAGGAGAUGUGGAAGAGGAUGUGGGCUAGGAGGUUGCUCGAUGAGGAGGAGAGUUUGCUAUCUAUGUUGGGCAAGGAUGAGGCCGAGGACUUUGAGGGUGUGGUUGAUGCCAACAAGAUGCUAGCAAAGGACCUGGACGCUCGUGAAGCUGACCUAUGUAGGGACCGCUAUGAUGCUGAGCAAUGGUUGCUGUUGUGCCGCUUAGCCGAGGGAGAAAAUGAAGUGAGAGGCGUGGAACCUCUCCUCGAAACCCUUUCGGCGCCCCUCAAGGUGGUGUUUACGGUUGCCUUGGAUGAGGUGAAGCAGUAUGUCACUCGGUGGGUUGACGCGAUCCACAAGGAGGCCGAGGCCCUUAUCAAGGCCAAGGCCUUGGUCCCCCUCACCUUAGAGGAGCAGAAGGAGUUGGAAGCCUCGGGACGUCUCGUUGUCCUACCGGCCAAGGGCGUGUUCACUGUUAAGCCCCCAGACCAGGAGAAGCUCAAGGAUGACAGUGGCCGCGAUCUACCUCCUGGUUCUCCCGAGUUCUUCAAGAGAAAAGCGAGGUUGGUGAUAUGUGGGAAUUUCCAAGGGAAGCAAGCCAAGGAAGAUUCCUACGCUGGGGGAUGUCAGACGGACUCGCUCCGUGUAAUGUUGGUGCACGCAGCCGCGUAUGGCUGGAUGGUGGCUUCCACCGACAUCCGCAAUGCCUUUAUCCUCGCCCCGAUCAAGGAGGAGGAUGAAGAUGAUGAUGCAACGUACGCCUUGUACCCCCCGAAGGUUUUCCAGCUUGCCAAGGUCGAGUACUCUUUGAGACUAUGGAGGGUCGACAGGGCUUUAUAUGGGUUCAGGAGGUCACCCCGGCUUUGGGGUAAGUUCCGUGACCGGCGGCUACGUGCAGCAAAAAUAGCCUAUGGCAACGGCUAUAUCUACCUUCGGCAACACAAGGCGGAUGAGAAUAUUUGGUCGGCGGUUGUUGUUGGCCCGGAUGGUAAGGAGGAGAUACAAGCCUACGUCAAUGUCUAUGUCGAUGAUAUCCUGUAUGUCGGCAGGGAAGGCAUCAUAGAAGCCAUCCACAGCUGGCUAACAGAGGAGUGGAAGGCCAAGGGCUAUUCGAUUCCAUGCCCUCAAGAGUGGUUGCUGGGGGAGAACGAUGCCCUGGAAGAGCAGUAUGAGGAGCCCCAGCUGAGGAAGGCUCAAGCUCUCACAGGACUGCGAGCCCUGGGCUACCUCAAGGAAACGAUCGACCUUGAGCUCUACUACACUCCGCAGCAAGCUUUGGUGGCUUUGAGCGUUGCAGAGGCAGAGCUCAUAGAGGCGAUAAGUGCAGCUCAGAUGUCCUACGGGAUCAUUGCCGUCACCAGUGAACUGCAAUCAGCAUAUCGAUUGAGCACAUACCCGGGCUCAAUCAACUUGGCGACCUGGGGACGAAAGCGUUCCAUCGUCCUCGCCUACAGGCCUUCCGGCAACUUGGCUAAGGUGAAUGGCACGAUUGCUAUUUUGGCCAGGCUUGCGGUGGUGCUGGGAUGGCUGGUUCAAGCGUCAAGGGCAUCUCCAACUGAGGGUGAUGUUGGGCUUCAGGUGAGUUUUCCAUGGGAGCUAUAUGGCUUAGCUGCGGUAGCUUUGGUUGCUGCUAUUGGGGUGUGGGAAGCUUUGAAAUGGUGCCUUGAGUGGAUUUCGCUAAAGCAAAGUGGUUCGGUGCAAGAUGCCAGACAAGUCCGCCGGUUGAGGCGGCUACAGCAAGCGGUGUCAGAAGAGGUUGCAAGAUACGGCUUGGAUGAUCUGGGCGUGGCGACCCAGGCCCCAAGCACUCCGUUGGCCUCUGUGCGUACUACACCGCGCCCUUCGCCAGUCAGGAGCAUACCGGAAGUCCGAGCUGUUCAGACUGCAACGGCUGCAGUGCAAACAGACUUCGAUGAUGGGUAUAG